GAACAGGAUGCUGUCAGGCCGAACAGACGCACCGACCUAAUGGAGAGAAACCGCAGCAGCAGCAUCCUUUGUUUUCUGGAAAUGGAUAUCCAGAUUGUGGACAUGGCAGAUUCACAAGGGAUUAAGAACACAGACGACCUCAGCAAAAAUUACAAAUCACAAGACAACCCCAGCUGUGACACCAACUGACAACCUGCAGCACCUGGAGGAGAAGGGGGACGCGUCCAGUUCUGACAGCCAAUAGAAAAAACUUGGAGCAUAGGUGGAGCCCGUAGGCUGAAUCAUGACUGUUGCACGAACCAAUAGGACGGUUCCAAACUGAUCGUGUGGCAAGCUGAAGACAGAGCUGAAGUGACGGUAGAGAAGCACGAGGGUUUCCUUCUCCACCAUCCUCUGCUUUUCCUGAGGCCCUGUGGGAGCACUCAUCCACACCACUGCACUUAAACACACUCAGCGCUCGUUUUGCCUCCUUUCCAUUCUGCCGCUGCACUCAUUCGCUCUCUUUCUAUCUAUCUAUCUGUCCAUCUUGCUUGAUGAAUAGGUCAGAACCCAAUCACCACAAACCAUUAGAGUCCUCUCAGUGAAGACCAGUGAAGUCAGUUCGAGCAAUGCAAUAGUAUACUUGACUGCAGUACCUCACCAGCCCUCCGGCCCAAAGUCUGGCUCAGUCACAGGGUCCCACAGGCCAUGAGGAGGAUCAGGGGCUUCAUCUCUUUCUAGACUUUCUCUUCUCCACCUUGUGUCUUCAUGUUUUGGGGGUCCUUCUGUGCCCCCGCCUUCUGUCGACUCCCCCGCACCUGCUGCCACCACGGCCGGCCACCCCAGUCGCCUCGUUGCCAUGCCGACAGAGACACUGGCUCCAGCCCUGCCAGAUAGCAAGGCCGCUGGCCCCGCAACGCCCUUCAGUUCUGCUGUACCCCUCCGCAUCCUCAACAAGGGUCCUGACUACUUCAGAAGACAGGUGGAACCUAACCCAAAGCGCCUCAGUGCUGUUGAGAGACUAGAAGCUGACAAAGCCAAGUAUGUCAAGAGUCAGGAAGUUAUCAACGCCAAGCAGGAGCCAAUCAAACCACCCGUGCUGGCCAAGCCUCCCAUCGGCCACACCCUCCUGUCCAAGAGAGGCUCUGGGACUGGUGGAGGGGGUAAUGGAGGCGGGGUACCUUUCAAAGCAUCCAAUAACAACGCCAAGUCAGACACGUGUGCGACAAGCAGUGGUAGCAGCAAACGGGAGAAUUUAAACCUGGAGAUGCUAAAAAAUCUGCUAAACUCAUCAUCUUCUUCAGGAGCUGGAUCUGAAGGACUAGGAGGUGGAGCUAAGAGUGCUGUGUUGAUGAGGUCCUCCGGGGGAAUGGCCAGGAGUUGGACCCCAUCAGGGAUGCCUUUAACAUACCGAUCUACGAUGACCCUUAACGAGCAACCGCCAGACUCAGCUCCCAGUCCCAGCACCUCACACUCUCUCAGAUCCUUCUCCCAUUCCCUGAAGGUGCCUCCGAUCAGCAGCGGGGGGCGUCGCAGUCCACAGCAGGGAGGAAACCUCAACCUCAGCAGACGAGUCCUGGAUGAGAGAGGAGGUGAAGGAGGGGUCACCGAUCGCUCUCGCUCCCCACUACCACCUCUGCUCACUUCCCACUCCUCCUCCGACCUCCUGCGACUCUGCAACGGCAAGCCGCUCCGCACCGCCCGAUCCAGCAGCUCCUCAGCUCCGCCCCUCCCUCCAAAACCCAACCCGGCUUCCCUCCCUCCCCCCGCACUUUCCUGGUCGCUACCUCCCCCUCGUCCGACUCCAUCCCCUUCGCCAUGUGACAACACCACCCCUCAGUCGCUACCUUGUGACUUUGGAGACCCUUCCAAUACUUCAGCCGAUCCCAACCUGGAGCUUGAGCUGGGUUCGUCUGUGGCUCGUCGCUCCUCGCUGCACAGAUCUAAAUCAGACCUGUCAGACCGGUAUGCCCGAGCCGGAGCUGACGUGGAACGCUUUUUUAACUACUGUGGCCUCGACCCCGAGGAGCUGGAGGCAGUCGGUCCAGAGAACUUUGCACGAGCCAACUCAGACAUUGUCAGCCUGAACUUCCGAUCGGCUUCUAUGAUUUCCUCCGACUGUGACCGGUCGCGGCGAUCCUCCAACGACGGGCUGUCAGACGGGGACGAGGGCGAGGACGAGGAGGAGGAGGCUGGAGAGCGAGUUCCGUAUGGGAUCUCGGCUGUGGAGCGAAAUGCAAGAGUCAUCAAGUGGCUGUAUAGCAUCAAACAGGCAAGAGAGACACAAAAAGUGUCGCAUGUUUAGGACACGCACUACAGUCAAACUGCCCCUUGUUUCAGAAUGAAUAGAUGGACCAGAUUUUCUCACAGGUUUUUAGAGACUGGGAUCUUGGGGCUGAACUUAAAAGGAGAGAAAAUGAAUAGAUAGAUGAAUGAAUGGAUGGAAGAGAAAGUCUGACAGGUCUAACACAAACUAGGUGAGAAAACAGACACUAUUUUGUUUAGCGAUGAUUAAAGAGAUAAGGACUGUAACUCUGAGGUGUAGGAAAACAUGAACACUAAGAACAGGCAGGGAUGAAAUGUGGAAUGGAUGGAUAUGAACAAAGUCUGGAGAAACAAAUGGAUGCAAACCAGCUGUUUCUCUAUGGACACGGUACAAACCGAAACACACAAUCUGCUUGAGCAACAGGAACAAAAGCGAAAUACUCUACGAUUAUCCGAGGACACAAAGCGACCGCCUCACUACGAACAAGGACGGGCCUUUCUCACAGAGCACGUUUUGACUAGUCCAAAAGGUCUGACUGACGUUCCAUUUAAGGUCUAGCCUGGUUUCAGAGAGUCCACUAGACCUGGUUCUUGUUUGUCACUCACAGCUGUUUCCUGAGUAGCAGACCAGAGCCGGAUUAUGAAUUUGGAUUAUGAUUCUGUCUGUUCAGUCCACACCAUCACCAGGCCUCCAUCAGUCAUGACAGAUACCGUUAACAUGUUUACAGCAUAUGAACAACAGGAGAUUAGUAUGAUUCUAACAGCAGUGUGUAGAGACUAUACUUCACUAAGUGUGCCAGAAAAAAACAAACACAUCUCACGUGUGUCAGUGUGGACUGAAUGUAAUAAUAGAAUAGUGUAAUGGAUCAGAGUGCUCCUGCAGCGACCAGUCAAAAUGUCCACUCUGAAAAAUGCCAGUCACAGUGUCGAUGUCUCCGUUGUCGAACAAACUUUGACAAGGUCCUUCUUAGCAAAACAGAUGCUGAACUCUAUCUGUCAAAAAAAAAAAAAAAAAACUGGAAAUGACUUUGGAAAGUCAGUGCUGCUGAUACACUGUGCGUGUGACCAGAAUGACACCAGCUCAGCGAAGCUACCCGAUGUUUGGUAGAGGCGACUGUUAAUCAAGUAAUUGAUCAAUUCAGCACUCAUUUAAUCGAUCACAAAGACGCCCUUAGGUUCUCACA